AUGAAGGCUGUGACAGGUGACAAUAGAGCAAGAUGCAGUAUGGAAGAUCUGGUUGAACAUCACUAUAACAAGAAUUACAUUAAAAUGGGGAAAUCCUUUGUGUAUGGUCCAGAUAAUUGGACAAGUUUAGUUAUUCUUGUACAAUGUGCUGACAUCAGAAUGACCAGUCCGGCGAUUGUCCUUGCAGGAAGUUGGAGCAAAAUGAGUGGCCUGGGAAUACGGGGCCUGCGGGCUCUUCAGCAGCUUUCCCAGGGAGCCUUCGGCACUGCAGUCCACAGGCGAGUGGAGAAUAGGGUUCCUGAGAAGCAGACAAUAUUCCAGGACAAUGGGAUGCUGGUCCACUUAAAAGGCAGUGUGAUGGAUGCUGUGCUCUACGGGCUAACCAUGGGCCUCACUGUUAUGGGUACAGCCCAUACUGUGUACGAACUCUUCAAAAUUGCCCUGCCCAAGAAGAAGUAG